GUUUCAUCACCAAAAAAUAAGCCAACCGCAUUGCAUCCACCCAGUCAACACUCGAAUCUAGCCAGCAAUGAGCGAGGCAUGAGAGAAAACACACCAACACUACGUCAACUCAAGUCACUGGUACCACUGGUCCUUCCAUAACAUAUCUCUCCCGAACUCUGGAAGGCAAUCAGGCGAUCAAAUCAAUCCAAGCCAGAGCCAAGGAAAGGAGUUACUGUACUGUACGGCACAAUGUUACGUUCCAAUCGCAAGAAUUCUCCCAAUCACAGCAACGGCAGUUUGCCAUCCUACUACAUCAAUGGCCAUCACGAUGCUACCAGUACCACCACUAACAAUGGCGCUGCCACCUUACGCCGUCGUCCCAAGACAGCGUCUUCUUCACCCAGCAAACUGGGGCGACACUUGUCAUCCGCCUCGUUAGUUCCACAAAGAAUAUCGAAUCUCCUAAGAUGGUGCUGUUCCUCUGUUUGUUUCUGGCUACUGAUCACCACCUGUACUGUCUGUACCUAUGUGAUUGCCCAACACGGAGAUCAUCCGCAAGCUCCACCGGCCAUUUCCCAUCUUCACGAGGCCAUUCAUCGGACCAUUUUGGAAAAGGUACCUCCCAAAUUUCGAUUUUCAAACCCCCACCCACAUAAGGCGGCUACACCCAUGUUGCCACCCCAACCUCCUCGACAAGGAUUCUAUGAUGUCGCCGUACUUGGGACGGGACCAGCCGGAUUGACAGCCGCAUUGUUUGCCGCUCGAGCGGGACUAUCCGUCUUGGUCUUGGGCAGUGACGGUGGUUCCUUACUCUCGGAAACGGAUCGAUUGGAAAACUUUCCCAGUUUUGUACUUGCCAAUAACAAUAAUAAGGGAACCCAAUGGCUGGAACAAACCAAACAACAAGCCGCACAAUGGGGAGCCAACUUUGCACAGGCGGGAUUGUUGGUGGACAAGCUGGAAAUACAACAACAGCAGCAACAAGAGUCGUCAUUGUUGACCACGUUCACCAUGAACUUGGGGAGUCCUCAACCACUGCAAGUGCAUUCAAGAACCGUCAUUGUGGCAACCGGGGCCACGGCGCGGCGUCUGGGAUUGCCACUGGAAGAGGAACUCUGGGGAAAAUCGGUUCAUAGUUGUGCCAUUUGUGAUGGGAGUUCCUAUGUGGAUAGGACCGUCAUUGUGGUGGGUGGAGGUGAUGCUGCCGUCGAUGGCGCACUCUUGUUGUCGCGAUAUGCCAAACAAGUCAUUCUGGUACAUCGAAGGACCCAAUUACGAGCCAGCAAUCAGCGAAAUGUGGAACUAUUGCGUACCACACCCAACAUUCGAGUGGAAGUUCCCUAUGUGGUGCAAAAGCUAGAAACCUUUCAAGCUGUCAUGGGGGGGCAUCAGCAAAAGCAAAAACAAGAAAUGCUCGCAGCAGUGGAUCUACGCGAUGUCGAAUCCGGCGAAACACAACGGAUUGCCUGUGAUGGUGUGUUUGAGUUGAUUGGAUCAACUCCCAACACACAAUGGUUAACCAACAAUGCAGGACCUCAAAUGACAUCCGAGGGAUUCUUGGUUCUUUCCCAGUCCUCGGAGGCAGAGACGCGAACUGCCACAACCACUCCAGGAAUCUUUGCCGCUGGCGAAGUGACUGAUCAAAUUUAUCGACAAGCCAUUACAGCGGCCGCGGAAGGUGCCCAGGCUGCCAUGGAUGCCGAGCGGUGGUUGCGAGAUCGACCUUUGCCAGCGGGACUUCACGCAUCCUCGUCCUCCGCAUCAUCACCUCCCCUUCCUUUACAAAAUGUACUGGUACCCGAUGAUAACAUUGUUGCUGCUAUAGCCAAGGAUGAUGAUUUGUCGUCCAUGAUGAUGAUGGACAAACAGAAAGAACAAGCUGCUGUAGCACCUUGUGACGACUUGACCCAACAAGAUUGCAUUACGAAACUUGUCAAUCUGUAUCCAGUCGUUGUGUUCUCCAAACCUUGGUGUCCCUACUGCAGAAAGGCUUUGGAAGCGUUGGCUGCAGAAGGGUUACCGGAGGGCAGUCACAAUUUACACGUUGUGGAUCUAUCCACCUAUGGAGACAAGACACGACAAAUUCAAAGCACACUCCAAGCCAUGACGGGAAGACGUACCGUGCCCAAUGUCUUUGUUGGAGGCACAAGCAUUGGCGGUGGCGAUGAAACAAGCAAGUUCCAUCGAGAAGGAACCUUGCAAAGCAAACUGAUCAAUGCAAGAGCGAUUGUACCUGCCGGGGAAGGAGACGCGGAACAAGAUAAUGAUGGGGCUCCUUGCGACGACUUGACGCAAGAGGCUUGUAUCACAAGUCUUGUGAACCAAUAUCCAGUCGUCAUGUUCUCCAAACAGGGGUGCCCUCACUGUCGCAGGGCAUUGGAAGCACUGGCACUGGAAGGCCUUCCAGAGAAUAGUCCGAAGCUCCACAUUGUCAAUCUGUCAUUCAUGGCAAACAAACAGCAGAUUCAAGAUCAGCUGGAACGAAUGACGGGAAGACGCACCGUACCCAAUGUCUUUCUCGGCGGUAGCACCAUUGGUGGAGGUUCGGAAACUGUAGCGCUGCAGCGAACUGGAGACUUGCACGCAAUGCUGGAGAAAGUUAAUGCCGUUUAAGAACGUGCUUUUUGCUAGCUUUUACCUUUUAAAAGCACAACCCGAUUGCCUUUGUAGUGAAAAGGUUGCAGCGUUCCAGGGAAACAUGAAGAAGACAAGCCAAAGUAUCUCUCUACAUUCUGUGGAAUGAAGAUCUAGUGCUUUUUAGACAAUAUAGAAGCAGGCUCCAGCCACCGAUACUACCCCCGUUGACCUGAGCGCUGCGAUACUCAUCCAGAGACAGAUGCGUUUCUAUUGGAUCAACAACGCAUCAGCUCUGAUUCAUCAUUCAAAACGCCCCCCGCGUUGAAACAAGGUCGGCUGCCAGACUACAGCACUUCGCCUUUUUUGGAGCUCUUUGUUUCUUUCUAGAGCAACGAUUAAUGGUGAUGCAUUGUAUAGACCGAAGAAGUUGCUAUGGGUUAGUAGGGGCUAGGGCGAGGAUGGGUUUCAGAGGAGGGCAGGAUGCAAGAGCGCGAACAGAACAACUGAGUGAGAUCAACCACAAAACCGAAGAAGGGAAGGGUGGCCAGGGAGGAGGGCGGAGAGGACCAAAGGACUAAGACUAGCAGAAGAGAUCAAGAGUGCCUCGAUUAUGCUUUGUUUUAUGUUCAGGGGAUCUAGGUAGCACUAGCCAGAGUAGAUUAGUUAUGUACAGAAGCCGGCAGAGCAUGGUGGGAUCUGUGUCAGCAUAAGCAUGCCAUACCGGGAACAGUUGCAUCCGCAUCAGAUUAGGCCGUUGGGGCAUGAAGCGGGGAAUUCAACAAACACAAAAUGUUGUAGAAGAAGCCAUCCAGUUCAGGUCCUUCUAGCGGGGGCC